AUGUCUACUAAGGAUACUGCUUCCAGGAGCGUUGCUGUAAUCGGUGCCGGCCCCUCGGGCGCCAUUGCAGUAGAUGCCCUGGCGCAGGAGAAGGCAUUUCACACCAUCCGUGUCUUUGAACGCCAGGAAAAAGCGGGUGGAUGUUGGGUUUCAAGAGAUGAGCCACCACCACGAGUGGUUGAUUUCGAAGGAUUAGCUGCGCGUACAGCCGAUGCGCCACUGGAUAUUCCCAGCAGCUUACCUUGUCGAACACCGGCAAGCUCUCAAGAUCGCUUCACGGACUCGCCUGUCUAUCCUGGACUUGAAACGAAUGUGGACGCAGGUGUCAUGUCGUAUUCCCAGGAACCUAUUCCAACUAUUCGAUCACAGUGGUCUAUUGAUCGUCAUGGCCCUCAAACCCCGUUCCGUCACCACUCGGUGAUUCGGGGGUAUGUUGAGGACCUGUUUACUACAAAGGGCCACCACGGCUUGGUUCAAUACAACACCACCGUCGAGCAAGCGGUAAAGGAGCCCAGUACCCAAAAAUGGAUCCUCACUAUUCGCCGAAGGGAACUGCAUGAUGGUACCCCAUCUGAUUAUUGGUGGACGGAGCAGUUUGAUGCCGUCGUCGUGGCAUCUGGUCAUUAUGCAGUGCCGUAUAUUCCUACCAUUCCAGGGCUGGAAGAAUUCUCAACAAAAUAUCCCGGCAGUGUCGAACACACGAAGCACUACAGAGGUCCAGAAAAAUACCAGGGAAAGAAAGUCAUUACAGUCGGUGCGUCAGUAUCGGCCGCAGACACAGCGGUCAGCCUCAUCGAUACAGCACAAUCACCCAUUCACGCCGUCGUUCGCGGUCGAUACAACGUAUUCUUUGGAGAUGAUGCUUUCAAACAUCCCAAGAUCCAGCGACGAGCACCGAUCUCUCAAAUCAAUGCCGAAAGCCGAACUGUUUACUUCGAAGACGGUUCCUCCGAGUCCGACGUGGACAAUAUCCUCUUCGGAACCGGAUUCACAUGGACUCUCCCGUUCCUACCACACGUUCCUACGCGGAAUAAUCGAGUGCCUGAUCUUUACCAGCACGUCUUCUACCGCCACGAUCCAAGUCUGGCGUUCGUCGGAGCGGUCGGUGCGGGAUUAACAUUCAAAGUCUUCGAAUGGCAAGCAGUCGCUGCUGCCCGCGUUCUCGCCGAGCAAGAGAAAUGGGAGACGGAGCGCAUUGCGCUGAAGGGUGAUGGGCCCGCCUUUGCGGUGGUCAAUCCGGAUUUCAAGGAAUAUUUUGAAGACCUGCGACUUCUUGCGGGCGAGCCAGGUGAGGGAUUGCCUGGGCGGCGUUUACCGGUAUUUGAUCAGCGGUGGAAAGACGAUUUUGACUCUGGACAUGAGCGUCGCAAGGAGAUGUGGCGACGAGCCAACCGGGCGGCUUCUGGAGUGCUAUAG